CUUGUUUCUAGACGGACGUUUUAACGGAAGGUACCUACAUUGAGAACCAGAAAGUGGUCAACAUGUAGCUCACGUCUGGAAGUCUGACAUCCCUCUUCUUUGCAAGAUUAAAUAAGCAAGAUUUCACCAUGGAGGGAUCUUCCAAAAGUGAUGCAGCCGGUCAGCCCUCUGUUGCUGCUCAGGUUCCUUUCCUUCAUCUUUGCUCCACCUUAGAGAAAAUCCAGAAGUCUAAACUCCGUCCAGAUAAAUCCAAGACCCUUAGGGAUUUCAUUGAGUCAUGGAGGAAUUUUCAUUCUGCCCUCCACAAAGACAACCCCAAAACAACAGACUCUUUCUACUCAGCUAUGCGCCUCAUAGUCCCUUCUUUUGAACGAGAGCGCAUGGCUUACGGCAUCAAAGAGAGCAUGUUAGCUAAACUCUACAUCGAUGUCUUAGGUCUCCCAAAGAAUGGCCCAGAAGCCAAUAAACUUUUGAACUACCGUGCUCCGACUACAUCCCAAGGUGAAGCUGGAGACUUUGCCGGCAUGGCGUACUUUGUUCUGAAGAAACGCUGCACCAGCCAAGGGAAUCUCAGCAUCAAAGAAGUAAACGACUUUCUGGAUUUGGUAGCUAUCAACAACGCUAGCAGGCAGAAGGAUCUUGUGAAGAAGAGUCUGCUGCACCUCAUCACCCAGAGCAUGGCUCUCGAGCAAAAGUGGCUCAUCAGAAUGAUUCUGAAAGACAUGAAGCUCGGGAUCAGCAAAGAAACUGUUCUUCAAGUCUUCCACCCGGAUGCCAGCGAGCUCUAUAAUGUCAACACCGACUUAAACAAAGUCUGCCAGCAGCUCCACGACCCCUCCACGUCUUUAAGCGAUGUCUCUAUCGGACUCUUCUCUGCUUUCAAGCCUAUGUUGGCAGCUGUGGCGAACAUCCGCAAUGUGGAGAAACAGAUGGGAAACAGCCCUUUUUACAUUCAGACCAAACUGGACGGAGAGCGUAUACAGCUUCACAAAGACGGGGACGUGUACAAGUACUUUAGUCGAAACGCUUUUGAGUACACCCAGCAGUUUGGAGCAUCACCACUGGAAGGCUCGCUGACACCUUACAUCCACAACAUUUUUAAAAGCCACGUUGUAAACUGCAUCCUUGACGGGGAGAUGAUGGCGUAUAACCCGACCACGGAGGCCUUCAUGCAGAAAGGGAGCAAAUUCGACAUCAAGAAGCUCAUGGAGGACUCUCAGCUACAGACUUGCUUCUGUGUGUUUGACGUUCUGUUAGUCAACGACCAGAAGUUUGGCAAGGAAACACUAAAGAAGCGCCUCGAGACCCUGCAAACCGUUUUCACUCCAGUCAAGGGCAGGAUACAUCUGAUACCAAAGGCCGAUGCCAGAACCGUGCAGGACGUGGUGAACGCCCUCAAUGACGCCAUUGACACUAGAGAAGAGGGGAUCAUGGUGAAGGACCCUUUGUCUAUCUACAAACCUGACAAGCGAGGAGAGGGAUGGCUGAAAAUAAAGCCGGAAUAUGUGGAUGGCUUGAUGGAUGAGCUUGACCUGCUGAUUGUUGGCGGCUACUGGGGGAAAGGCAAGCGUGGCGGUAUGAUGUCCCAUUUCUUAGCUGCCAUCGCAGAAGCUCCAAAGCCUGGCGAGAAACCCUUAGUUUUCCACUCUUUCUGCCGCAUCGGCUCGGGCUACACCAUGAAGGAGUUGUACGACCUCGGUUUAAAGCUGGCCAAGCAUUGGAAAGUCUAUCGGAAAAACGACCCGCCAGCAUCCAUCCUGUGCGGAACCGAGAAACCAGAAGUCUACAUCGAACCCUGCAACUCGGUCAUCAUCCAGGUGAGAGCGUCUGAAAUAGUCGGAAGCGACAUGUAUAAAACCAACUGCACCCUGCGCUUCCCUAGGAUCGAGAAGAUCCGCGAGGACAAGGAGUGGCACCAGUGCAUGACACUCGCAGAGCUGGACCAGUUUCGCGGGAAGGCCUCUGGGAAACUAGCCUCGCGGCACCUCCACAUCGAUGGCGACGAACCGCAGAAGAAGAAGCGCAAGGUGCCGGUCAAACCCAAAAAGGUGGUCGGGAUCAUAGACCACUUCAAGCACCAGGACCUCUCCGGGGUUACCAAGGAGACGGAUAUGUUUGAGGAUGUCGAGUUCUGUAUCCUAAAUGGCACUGAGCAGCACCCCAAAGCGGAGCUGGAAAAGGGCGUGGCCAGGUGUGGUGGUAUCGUUGUUCAAAACCCAGGAAGGGACACCUACUGCGUGAUUGCCGGCGUGGAGAACAUGCGCGUGAAGAACCUGGUGUUGUCCGACCAGCAUGACGUUGUGUGGGCCGCCUGGCUGCUGGAGUGCCUGGACCAGAAGGAAGUGGUCCCAUGGCAACCACGUCACAUGAUCCACAUGUCGCCCUCCACCAGGGAGCACUUCGCCAAGGAGUACGACAGCUACGGCGACAGCUACUUCGUGGACACGGACGAGCAGCAGCUGCGGGAGGUGUUCGGACGAAUCAGCAGCGAGGACACGUCAGCGGCGAUGGACAUCAGCCAGGUGGAGCAGCGCUACAGCUGGGAGGACGUUCCCACGAGCAUGUUCAGACCAUUUGAGGUCUACAUGGACAGGUUCGCCGACAUUGGAGACCGUGAAACCGCCAUACCCGCUUCCUGUUUGGACAUCAGGGCGCUGGAGUUUCGCUACCACGGAGGUAAGGUGGUGCAGAAGUUGGAGGAAGGAGUCUCUCAUGUCAUUAUCUCAGAGGAAACCAGACUUCUGCAUUUAAGGACUCUGAGGCGCAGCUUUAGGAAGAAGUUUAAGAUCGUAAGAGAAUCAUGGGUGACUGAUUCAAUAAAAGCAGGGUACGUGAUGAAUGACACUGACUACUUAGCUUAAAGAGUCCACUGGUGACACACUGGGAAGAAAUCCUUGCACUGCUAGCAUUUAAAAUAAUUUCCAAUAAGAUUAGAAAGGCUGAAAAAUCUGUCACUGUUACGGGUAAGAAGAGAUGCUUUUAAACUAAAAUGUGCUCUAGAGUUCUUACUGUUUUUGUGUUCCUUAUGAGUGAUUAUGGCUGCUUGUUAUUAGUUUUACUGAAAGGAUACUAUUCAAGUCCAAAAGGCAACAACUACAUUACAUUUUUAAAGUUAAAUUGCAAUAUGGAGUAUUCAAAUGGGAAGCUAAUUCAUCUUUACUUAGCCCUUUAAUUUUUUUUGCCGAGCAGUUAUUAAUAAAUCUUAUGGAAAGCAAAAGAGGUUUUCCUGUCUGAAAAAGGAUGCUGCUUUCAUCCUCUUAACAUUUCUGCCUUUAUAGAUAGAUUUAAUUCAUCCUCAUCGUAGAAUCUCUGAUGUUUGAAAUAUUCCACAUUAAAAGUCUAUAAUAGGUCUCUUCAUAAUUUUCGAUUAAGUAAUGCACUUACUUCCAAUUGGAGGACUUGAAUGGGAUUAUUACGCAAUAAUCUUUACAGGGAUCUGUGCCUUUUAUGCUUUUGUGUGUGUUUACAAAACUCUUAAUAAAUAUGAUGAACCGUUUUAAAAUAA